AUGGCAUCAUCUGCAAGGAACCUGGCUAGCUGCAUAUUCUGCAAGAUCAUCAAAGGCGAGAUCCCGAGCUACAAACUCGUCGAGACCGACCUCUCGUUCUCCUUCCUCGACAUUGGGCCCCUCUCCAAAGGCCAUGCCCUGAUCAUCCCCAAAUAUCACGCCGCAAAGCUGCAUGAGAUGCCUGACGAGUACCUCGCUGACGCGCUCCCCAUCGCGAAGAAGAUCGUCAACGCGCUCGGGGCCGAGAAUUACAAUAUCCUCCAGAACAACGGCCGCAUCGCGCAUCAGGUCGUCGAUCACGUCCAUUUCCAUGUCAUUCCCAAGCCUUCCGAGAGCGACGCGGAGGGUCUGGUCAUCGGCUGGCCCACAAGCUCGCCCCCGAAGGAGGAGGUCGCGAAGCUGCACGAGGAGCUCCUGUCAAAGUUGUGA